ACGAUAAUAUUAUACUACUACAUAAUAUUAUAACAAUAAUAUAAUUAGUGUGACUGUGUGAUUCAUAUAAUUGAAAAAGAAAAGAAAAUAAUGGCCGACACCGCAGUAGCAUCGGAGACACCCGCGCCGGCGACGCCCGCCAAGAAGGCACCGAAAGCGGCAGCGGCCGCCAAGAAACCCAAGGCGAGACCGACGCACCCCAAGACCUCCGAAAUGGUGAACAGCGCGAUCAAGGAGCUCAAGGAGAGGAGCGGAUCGUCCCUGCAGGCGAUCAAGAAGUACAUCGCCUCGAAUUAUAGCCUCGACGCCGAGAGGUUGGCGCCGUUCAUAAGAAAGUAUCUCAAGCGUGCCGUCGCCUCCGGCACCCUGAUUCAGACGAAGGGCAAGGGCGCAUCGGGCUCGUUCAAGAUAGACAGCAAGUCUGGUACCGGCGGCGCCGCUAAGAAGGCGACGGCCGCCUCCGCGUCCUCCGGCGGCAGGGGCUCCGGCGCGGCGGCGUCCUCCGCGGCCAAAUCGGCGAAGAAGCCGAGCGCACCCGCCAAGAAGACCGCCGCGAGCGCCGGCGCCAGGAGCAAGAAGGCCGCCGCCGCCGCGUCGGCAUCGGCCGCCGGGUCCGCCUCCCCGGCCAAAGCGGGCGGCAGGGGCGUCGCCGCCAAAGACAAGAAGGCGGCGGCUGCGGCCAAGAGGAAGCCGGUCGCUGCGGCCGCACCGAAGAAGGGUCGCGCCGCCGCCGCCGCCGCGGCGUCCGGCAAGGGCGCGUCGAGCAACGCGGCCGCGUCCAAGGCGAAGAGGAGCGCGAAGCCACCGACCAAGAAACCUAAGGCCCCCAAACCGAAGAAGGCCGCCGCCGCCGCGCCCAAAUCGAAGGCCGCCACCACCGCGAAAAAGGCGUCGGCCGCUUCCAAGAAGUGAACGCGACCAUCCACGUUCAAUAAGCACGAGCCGCCGCACCGUGUUCGCGUACGCUGACCACCGAGUAGCGGGAGCGGAAGGAGGGUCACCGGCCACCGGACCAGCGACGAGCGCAUCGCAAGUGGUCGGUUGUGUCGAUGUCGUAUAUUAUUAUUGUAAUAAUAGACGCACGCACAAACACGCCACACAAAAAGCCCUUUUCAGGGCUAACAUAUGUUUCAAUGAUGGGCUGCCGUUGAGCCGUCGAGAGUAUCAAACGAAUAAACGCACAAAAAAAUAU